AUGCACGACGCCAUCGUGGACGCCGUACACCACGCCGUCGUGGCCGCAGCCGCCGCCGCGUUUGUCGCGCUGGCCGUCGCGCUCUACCUGCUUUGGCGCAAGAAGCGCAUGGGCGCCACGACCGGCGCCGACGGUUUGGGCUCGUCCCAAGUUCCUCUGCCGGUAUUGCCGCUGGCCGACGUGGAGCGCGCCACGGACGGGUUCCACUCCAGCCGGGUGAUCGGGCAGGGCCGGCACUUCACCGUCUACGCGGCCACGCCGGGGCUCGCGGCCAAGCGCAUGCGCCCGCACCUCAUCCUCGGCGACCCCGGCGGCCGCCGUUUCCCCACGGCCCUACGCUCGCUCACCGUCCCGCCCCACCCAAACCUCGCCGCUCUCGUCGGCCUCUCCGAGGGGCCCGGCGAGCGUGUCCUCCUCGUCGAACGCGCCUCCGCCGGUUCCGUCAGCCUCGAGGCCCUGCUCCACGGCGCGUCCGCGGCGUGCACCCAAAAGCAGCUGCCUGUGCUGACAUGGCCCCUGCGGGCCGCGGUCGCCGCCGGUGCGGCGCGAGGUCUCGCGCACCUGCACGAGCACGGCAUUGCCCAUGGCCGCGUGCGGCCGUGCAACGUGCUGGUCGACGCCGCUGCCACGACCUCGCGAAGACGGCCGCGGCAAACCGCCAGGGUCAGCGACUACGGUCUGUCCUCCUUUCUCGACCACGAAGACGACCCGGGCCUCUUGGACGUCCGGGCGGAGAGCGACGUGUACAUGUUCGGGGCGCUGCUGCUGGAGAUGAUGACCGGCCGGCGGUGGGACAGCGGCCGGCUGGCUGAUUGGGCGCUGCCGCUGAUACGUGGCGGCACGAUAGAGGAGGUCCUGGACUCGCGAGCCGGCGCGCCGGCCGACAAGGUGGAGUCGCGGCUGCUGGCGCGGACUGCAAGGGUGGCGCUGGCGUGCGUGGGAAACGACGGGCGCAGCCGGCCGGGGAUGCCGGAGGUGUCGGCCAUCCUUAACGACGUGGAGGCGGCGUACCAGGCCCGCGACGGGGCGGAGGUGGCGAAGGUUAGAGAGAAGGAGGACGGCGAAGGGCGCCUCAGUGGGUGCCUUCUUGGUCCGGGCCGCAGCGUGCACAAGAAGGAGACGCUGCUCGGGCUUCCCGUGUGA